CUUAUUUUUGGGAGAGGAGAAAAAAACCCGAAGUAAACUGUUGUUGAGACAAUUAUAGACAUGAUAUAUAAUUUUUCUGUCAUAUUGUAUAUAUUUUUAUUGAUAUUUUAAUUGUAUAGCCGUAAAAAAAUAAGAAUUUCACUUGAACGAUAGAUUUCAUAUUUUUUUUAUUUUGAAACUUGAAUUUUUUUAAAUAUCGCUCAAGUCAUGUCAUAAAAUUUUAUAAGGUUAUGUAUGAUAUAAAUAAGUAUACAAAUUUGUAAGUACUAAAUGUACUAGUAUACAAAAAAAACAAGUUGACAACAAUAGAAAUAAAUAUAAGAAUUGAAAAAUUUAAAUAAAAAUGUUUAAUAAUAAAUCAAAUGAUCCGGAAUUUUUUUCAUCAACAGUCACUACAGAAACUGAAAAAUCAAGUAAUUCAUUACAAACAGAUGAUUUAAUUUAUAAAAAUAAAAAUAUACAAUCUACUGUGCAACAUAGUGUUGAGACACAGACAGAAGCUGGGCAAUCACCGAAAGACGUUGCCGUUGAUUAUGAUAAAUUAGCAGCAUUUUUAAAUAAGGUAACGCCUAAAGUACUUGAAGCACUUGAUGAAAUAUAUGACAAUCAUACUAUUAAUUCAUAUGAACCUAUUGGUUCACGUGACAAUGAUUAUCAAUUAAAAUUAUUAAAUAAAUUUUCUACCAUUGAUGAAUUCGACAAACAGAAAAAAAUAAGCUCAUUGAGUUGGAGCAAAAAUGGCGGGACUCUUGCUGUGGCGUACAGUAGCAAUCACACUGCGUGGUGCGAUCAUCAAUCGCGUAUUAAAUUCUACAAUUUAAAUCGCAAUGAUGAUAAAUUGAGUGAAGCUGAGCUUAAAAAUUAUGAAACUAAUUCAUGUGUUACAUGCUUGGCUUAUCAUCCUAUUGAGCCGUCUGUUAUUGCCGCUGGUUUAUUUAAUGGUGAUGUAUUACUAUGGAAUAUUGCCGAUAAUUUAUCACAGCCAUUACAAAUUAUCGUACACAACGAGGUCGUAACAUCAUUAAUGUGGCGACGUACAACAAUAACUACAGAUUCAUCAUUACUGAUAACAACAAGCUCCGAUGGUUAUAUUUAUAUAAAUAAAUUAAUUGACAAUUUUACUGAUUCAAAACUUAUAAACCGAUUCAAAAUAAUAAAAGAACAUAAUCCAGUUGAAAAUAGUCGACCACCAAGUGCCAGUGGACGGUAUGAACGGACCAUAGAACCAGGACUAUCAAUAACAUGUCUAGAUAUAUCAUAUAAAAACAAUGAUAUAUUUAUUAUCGGUACUUUAUGCGGUGGUUUAUAUAAAUGCAGUUUUAAUGCGACAACUCCAGUCCAAGGAGACGAGUCAUUGAUUGAUCCAGUUGUCGAUGAAUACGAACGCUGCAAUGGUUCUAUUGUUGAUUUAAAAUGUCUGAGUGUACAGGAUACUUUAAUAACUUGUAAUAGUAACAAAGAAAUACGUAUUUAUAAUAUUACUGAGAUGUCGAUAAUAAGGAUCAUUAGUAUGGAACAUACUGUAACAGGAUUGAAUUUUAUAAAUAAUAUUGUAGUAACAUAUGGCGCUGAUGAGAUGAUCAACUUUUUUAAUGUCAAUUCUGGACAAAUUUGUUCAGAUUUAAAAAUAAAAUGUCAGAAUCAUUUAAUUAGUUCCCUAGAUAUUUCAUUGAAAAGAAAUACUAUUGCUAUUGGUGAUGUACUUGGUAAUUUAGAAGUAUGGAAAAUUCCACCUCAAACAACAAUUAACUGAUAUUAUUUGUGAUUGUAAUUUUAUUAACAGUUUUUUUGCACAUUUUUAAUAAAUAAUUUU